AUGGCCGAUGUAACGGAUCACGCUACCAUCCCCUCAGAGGUCUCUGCCGCUGAGGUCCCUGUCGCCGAGGUCCUAGCUGUGGAGGCCGUCGCAAACCCAGAGACCAAGCAAGAUGCGCCCGCGCCCGCACAGCAGGAUACGCCAGCCACCGCCGGUGAGGAGUCGGAGGAGGACUCCAACUCCAAGAAGGUGACACUUGCGGACUUGACAGCCAAAGGCACUGCACUUUACGCCAAGAAACAGUACGAAGACGCUGCCGAAUGCUUUACGAAGGCGGCCGAGUUACAGGACGAAAUCAACGGCGAAAUGCAUCCAAAGAACGCCGAGAUCCUAUUCCUUUACGGCCGCAGCGUCUUCAAGGUUGGACAGAGCAAGAGCGAUGUGCUGGGAGGUAAGGCCGGCAGUGAGAAGAAGGUCGAGAAACCCAAGACCAAGGCUCCCAAGAAGGCCGCUGUGCAGGCUGCCCCGACCGAUGCGCCGGCCGAGUCCAACACGCAAAGAAUAACAGAGGAGGGUGUUGCGAUUGUCGCAAAUGAUGCGAGCGGUGCGCAGACGGUCGACAAGGUCGAAGAGAAGAAGCCUCUUUUCCAGUUCGAUGGCGACGAAAACUUUGACGACGAGUCGGAUGACGAAGAGGCCGAGGGUGAAGGCGAAGAGGAAGAAGAGGAUGACGACCUUGCUGUGGCAUUCGGUGUUCUGGACAUGGCACGCGUUCUCUACAACCGUCAACUGGAGCAAUUGGAGAAGGAGGAGCCUAACGGCAAGGCUCAAGAGCAGCUCGAUGGUGAUAAGCUAAGUAUCAAGCAUCUGCCUAGAUACCCUGACGCCAUUGAGGAUUCACGCAAGUCGCUGAAGUACAAGAAGGAGCUGUACACUGAUGAUUCCGAGAUCAUUGCUGAGGCGCACUUCAAGCUGUCGCUGGCGCUCGAGUUCGCCUCAGUCACGACCACUCAAGAGGAGGGCGAGCAGGCAGAGAGCAAGCCUUUUGACGAGAAACUCCGCGAGGAGGCUGCUAACGAGCUCGAGGCUGCCAUUCGCAGCACGAAACUGAAGCUCCAGAACAAGGAGGUGGAGCUCGCGACCAUGGCAUCCCCUGAGGACAACGAGGUCACAAGGGCUACUAUUACCGAUGUUAAAGAUAUGAUUACGGAUAUGGAGCAGCGCCUGGUGGAUCUCCGCAAGCCUCCUAUUGAUGUCAACGCUGCGCUCGGUGGCGAUGGCGUUGGCGGCAUCCUAGGCGCGGCGCUCGGCGAGUCUACAGCCCAGACCCAAGCCCGCGUUGAGGAGGCCAAGAAGACGGCAACGGACCUGACUGGUCUUGUCAGGAAGAAGAAUAAGGAUGAGCCUAAGCCUGCCGACAAGCCUGCCGUAGAAGCGAAGGCGACUGAGGUUUCGGCCAACGGUGAGGAGUCCAACGGAAUCAAGCGCAAGGCCGAGGACUCUGCCGAGACAGAUGAAUCCGCUAAGAAGGCGAAAGUUGAAGAGGCGGCCUAG